AUGGCUCUUCUGGCGGUCACCACGACCAGCCAGGGCGAGCCCAACCCAACCCCGCCAUCCCAUCCCAUCCUGUCCGCCCGCUCUCAGGCCGUACAGGCUAAGGAAAGUACUGGUAAUAGGGACUUGGACAACAGUCAGGCAGGCUUCAGUGAUCCGAGGUGCCAGAACGAAGAAGAAGAAGAAGAAGAAGAAGAAGAAGAAGCCCUGAUCUUCGCAUCGCAAACGCCGUGA